AUGGCUCUUGGAUUUUCCUCUGCGGGGGAAGUGUACAUGUACGCAACAUGCAUCCUUCUUGGGAUUUCCCUCCUCAUGCCUCUCUGUGUCCUGGUUUCCGCACCAAGCUUUAUGUUGAACUACUACAAGUACGUAUCUGGUAAAGAGGAUUCCGAACCGAACCUUCCCUUUUUCUGGAAGAAUAUUUUCACGUUCUACAAUGUUGUAUCGCUUGCGUCGCAGGUGAUUGCUGGACCGACCGUUCUAACUCGUGCAGCCCGUCGACUUUCAUUAUCUGUGCGCUUUGCCCUUUCCAUCACGUUGAUGAUGUCGGAGGUAUUUGUAGUUCUCAUGAUGCCUGUGAUCAAGGUACCUCAAACAGUUGCCAUUGUUCUUCUCUGCCUUGUGACAAUAUUUGCAGGUAUUGGGAAAUCAUACCAUGAGGCGACGUGCUACGUUCUGGUGGCGUCGAUGCCAUCUAAGUUCAUGUCUGCUGUUAUGUUUGGAGUGUCACUAUGCGGUGUAAUAACGUCCACACUACAGUGCAUCAUCAAGGCAUCGAUGGAUGAUACCUAUGAGUCUGUGCUGAAGCAGUCAUACAUUUAUUUUUCACUUGGGAUUUUAAUAAUGUCCGCAACACUUGCGAUGGCUCUCUGUCUACGAUAUAAUUCCUACGCGCAGGAGCACGUUGCUGAGUACCGUAUGCUCAAACUACAAGAACAAGGAGUAGAUGCUGAGUCUCAACAUGAUGAGAAUGAACCCACUGCUGAAGGUGAAGGUGAAAGUAAAGGUGAGGGUGGCGAAGGUGAUGCUGAAGGUGGCAUGACGACAGCAGAGCAACUGACAGCAACUGCUGUUAUGCCUGUCGUGAAGAUUAUCCGUAUGAUGUUAUUAUGUGUCUUCUGCGGCUUCUUCCUCACCUUAUUUAUCUUCCCCAGUCUUAUUAUUCCCAUCGAUCGUAAACACAAUUGGUUUGCGACAAUUGCCAUUCUGCUAUACAACUGUGGGGAUGCUAUUGGACGUUUCUCCACCUCGUUCAAGUGCGUUUGGCCGCCCCGCCGUGCUCUGCUGUAUUUCACUUUUGGUCGCUUUAUUUUUAUUUUGCCUUUUAUUCUGUGUAUUUACAAACACAUCCCUGGUCACGCAGCUCCGUAUAUCUUCUCGUUUCUCCUUGGCCUGACCAACUGUGUGGGUGCCAUGUCGAUGGUGUAUGGCCCAAUAACCCCUGGUCUUGAGACUGCGGGUCAGAAAUUGAUGGCUGGACAGUUGAUGGGGAUUUCGCUGCUUUCUGGAAUUGCCGCUGCAUCUGUGCUUGCGAUGAUUGUGGUUAUCUUCCUACCAUGA